CUACUGUCAGCUUUCUAGUUCCGGGUCAGGUGAAGGUCGGGAAGCCGGUGUGCAUAGUACACGAUGGAGGCUGCGGCAGAUCCAGAACUGCAAAGGUUCAUCGAGGCUGAGACCCAGAAACAGCGAUUCCAGACACUGGUACAUCAGCUCACUGAGCUCUGCUGGGAGAAGUGUAUGGAAAAGCCGGGGCCCAAGAUGGAUGCACGAAGCGAGGGCUGCUUUGUGAAUUGUGUGGAGAGGUUCAUAGACACCAGCCAGUUCAUCCUCAAUAGGCUAGAGCAGACACAGAAAUCUAGAGUUUCCUUUUCUGAGAACAUGGCAGAAUAAAUAGCGGACCUCUAUCAUAGAACCAACAUGGGGUGUGACCCUUCCAGAAGGCUGUCCAACUAAGGGGAACAUAUUUCCAUCGGCUGUCCUAGUUUCAUUAAUCCAAGAGCCAGUUUGGCUGAAUUGAACUUCUUCAGGCAUUACCAAACUGAUUAUCUGCAGCUCUCUCUACACUUGUCCACUUACUAGACCAAUGGAGGCAUGUUCCAAAUAACAGACUGGGGUGGGCUGGAGUGAAUGCCUUUUCUAACCGUGCCAUUUGGAUGAGAAAGAGGAUGGUAAAAUUCCAUUCACAAGUACUCUGGUGCAGGGUACAGAAUGUGCACAGAGAUUUUAUUUUUCAUGUAAAUGAUACAGUUAGUACAGAAUAAAUGAAGGAGUGCAGGUUUCAUGGAACAAAAGCUGCCUUUCCUGGAUGGUUGUAUCUGUGUUGUUACUAGAAAUGAGUAGCAGUAUGUCUGUGUAUAUCGCCAAGCAUGUAUUUCCCUGUGAAUAUGGUUUUAUGCACCAGGUCUUUCUGGAAAGAAAAUGCAGUUUGGGAAAAUAUAUAUUAAAGAAUUGUACAGUGUAAACAGAGAUCUGCCCAUAUAACUGCUCCUUAAAUAUGAUCCUAGAGAUACGUUUUGUUUUUCAAUUUAUUCAGUAAAUUUGGCAUAAAAAA